AUGCUGGCCCGAAUGGCGAUGGCCUCGCCGUCCCCCAUCCCAGCGACGCGAGGAUUCUCCACAGCUCUUCGUCUGCGAAUCGCCUCCUCAAAACCUCUCUUCGACGCCGACGCGCCCUCCUCCAGCUCACGGGGCCCGACGGCGCGGUCCAACCCCCUCGUGGGCAGCUACGUUCCCGCCGAACCUCGCCCCGGUCCCGAUUCCGCAUCGCCCGGUGUCUCCGUGCCUCCCCCUCCCCCUCCACCGCCUGCCUCAGCCGCUCCCGCCAUCCCCGAGUCCCCGGGGAAACAAGCACGCGCCUACGACGCCCUGUCCCCCUCCAACAUCACCAUCGACCUAGCCAGCAUCCUCUCCGAAAAGGCCUCCUCGUACGUCCACAACCGCGGCGCGCCCAACCCCAUGGACAACCCAAAAGUGCGCACCAAGGCCGUCUCCGGCCGCACGGUCUUCAUCCAGGACCGCCUGUCGCCCACGUCCGCCCCGACGCCCAUGAUGGCCCUCCGCGUGCUCGACAAGAUGUGCCGCGACCAAAAGAUCAAGAACAAGUUCCACUCCCAAAAGUUCCACGAGCGCAAGGGCCUCAAGAAGAAGCGUUUAAGGAGCCAGCGGUGGCGGGCCCGCUUCAAGACGGGAUUCAAGGCCGCCGUCAACAGGGUCAUGGAGUUGAAGAAGCAAGGCUGGUGA